UCGUUCACACAACAGUCACGAAGCAGAAACUGAAACAUCAGACGCAUGGAGACUACGUGAACCUCGCAUGACCUGAUCGUCGCGAGGUGUGGGUUCAUAUAAAACAACCCCUUGUAGAAAGUCUGCAGUGAGUUAAAGGAGGAGCUUCAAUGACUCCACAUUGGUCUCUGUCGAUACCUCUGGUCAUGCCAUCCCCUCGACAGCUCACGGGGAAAUCAGAUGAAAUCCACGGUAUGGUAUUUAUUUCCAGCUAAGCCGUCCCCCUUAGUGGAUAUCACCCACUCAUCAUACCUCACACCACUUUAAAAUAUCAAUGACUGUUCUGAGAAAUCCGAAGAGAGUAUAUUUGUUUCUUGCCGAAGUUUCUUGAGUUUGCGGUUAACCAGCGGAUGUCCCGUGUGAUAUAACAGCGUGUCAUCAUCAUCAGAUCUCUCGGGAAAGUCAAUGGAACUAGACCGGGAAUCGUCGGGAGUGAGAGGAACUUCCAACCUGGGAUAACUAGCGAGUAGUGAGGACCAGAACCUGAUAUCAAGUUUAUGUGUGAUCUAAGACCUUCAAGUAUUAACCUCAUUGAGUUUAACUUUUCUUCGACACCUGUAUUUGCUGCACCUGUUUUAUAAUUGAAGGGGAACUUCUCUACAUAUACUCUCAGGCAGGUGUUUUUGAUUAAGUAAGGAGUAGUGGAAUUUGUGGUGCAUCAUGUCAUCUCACCGGUCCACCCUACCAUCUUUGGUAGUCAGUCUAACUUUACUGACUCUAUUCUGGAGCGUUGCUACGGAUUCACAACAGCAUGGAGACGAAAUCAACUUUGUCUACCACAAUCAUAAUCAAAUGGUUGUUCACCUGCACAGCAUAGCCUGGAAAUGCCGAAACAUCAUGAGAUUGUAUGACAUCGGCAAGAGCGUUCGAGAUCGUACGCUGUACGUGCUUGAGAUAUCUGAUAACCCAGGGGUACACGAAGUAGGUGAGCCAGAAUUCAAAUAUGUAGCCAACAUGCAUGGCAACGAGGUCACAGGUCGUCAGCUCCUACUCUACCUUGCACAAUACCUCUGCGAUGAGUACAAAAAGAAGAACAAACGAAUCCAACGGUUAAUUAACGAGACCCGGAUUCACCUGUUACCAACCUUGAACCCAGAUGGAUUCGAACUCGCCUAUCAAAGAUACCUUCUUCAGGGACGUGUACCAUCUGGAUACGGUCGUGGCAACGCCAACAAUGUGGAUCUAAACCGCGAUUUCCCAGACCUGAGCGGAAUCAUGUACGAGCAUGAGCAAACAGGCGGACCAAACAAUCACCUCCUACGGGCAGUACAGGAGAGUAGAGAGAAUCGCCAGCCAGAGACCCAAGCCGCCAUGAAAUGGAUGGCCGAGUACUCGUUCGUUCUAUCGGCCAACAUGCACGACGGAGACCUGGUGGCCAACUACCCUUACGAUAAAUCCCGUAACAAUCGUAAGAUGUAUACAGCUACUCCAGAUGACGUCUUGUUCAGAGAGCUGGCUCUCACCUACUCAUUAAACCAUAUGAGCAUGGCAACGAGGUGGCAACCAUGCAGGUUCCAGGGAGCCAAACUAUUUCGAGAUGGCGUGACCAAUGGGGCUGAUUGGUACAUUGUGUCCGGAGGAAUGCAAGAUUAUAGCUACCUCUCCAGUAACUGCUUCGAUAUCACCUUGGAGCUUGGGUGCGAGAAGUUUCCUCGAGAAUCGGAGCUGAAGAGAAAGUGGGAAUCUAAUAAAGAAUCACUCAUCGCUUAUAUGGAACUGGUACAUAUAGGAAUCAGAGGUCAAGUCACUGACAUUGAUAAGAACCCUAUACCCGAUGCAGUCAUCCGGAUUACAGGGCCAAGUAUAGCACAUGACGUCACUUCGGCACCUGACGGCGACUACUGGAGGCUUCUUAUGCCAGGAGUGUACACUGUCACCGUCCACGCCCAUGGGUACAAGUCUAAAACAAUGGUCAUCUCGGUCCGAAGACACCGUCCAUCAAGGGUCAACUUCGUUCUCAAACGGAGCACUGAUAUACCCGGAGAGUUGGAGGAAGAGGGUUACCUCAUAGGAGGAGUUCGUGCUGCUUUGAGACAGUUUGGGAUCCUUGGAGAAUGCGAGACCCUUAUGAAGAACCGAGAUUUCCUACCGCAAGGAAACAGAGAUGACAUCAGAGCUUUCCCUUGAACUACACACGUACACCUUAAAUCAUUGUAUGUCUUGACCUCAUUUAAGCAUCUUUCUUCAAAGAAGGAAGUUUAUUCUCCAUAUUUUAAGUGUUGUAAAUUUGUGACCUCAUUCUUCCAAGGAGGAACAAUAAGGUUAUUUGAGGUCAGAGGUCAGAAGGAAAUGUAUUCACCAUUUUAAUUGUGUAAAAUUUUGACCUCAUUCUUUGAAGGACCAAAGUGUUCUCUUUGGGUCAGCAUUCUCAAGUUUUGAUGUUGCAAGUUGGGACCUCUUUCUUCUAAGGAGGAACCAUAUGUUCUAUUGGGGUCAGAGAUCAAAUAGGUCAUGACCUCAGUUGAUUGUUUAGACGGCAGUCAUUGGCUGAGAGGGGAGAUUGCGAGAAAUGGACACGGAUCAAAGGUGAUCUGUCAGGUCAUUUUGUUGCGCUACUCUGAUUUAUGUGUGUAAAAUUGUUCAUGUAAAAACUGUUAAGUCACCCACUCCCUUUGUACUCUGACCUUAAUUUCAUAAAGUAAAGAGUUACCGCCUCUUGUCAAAAAAACAAUUGUAUUAGAUUUGUCUGGAAAUCACACCACUCAAAAGUAGUCUCUCUUGACAAAUUGUUCUCAAAUGAUAUCGAAACAUCCCUUUCUAACUUAACAUUUUGGUCCUACGUUUUUUAUGAGAGAAAUAAACACCAACAAAUUCUGUAAAAACAAUAAUUAUUUAUUGUAUCAAAAUUGCUUUCAUCUAUUAAUUCUAUCAACAAUAUGCAUAGAUAUGUUGGUUACUUAAAAUUGUCACAGAAAACUGUAGGCAGUUUUUCACUUAGGUUAAUUUACAAGAUGUCAUAGGAAACUAAAUAUUUCUCUUUUACAAGAACUGAAUUUUCUGUGAUUUUAUGAAACUGUUUACCUCAGUUUUUGAGUUGGUUUUGUACAAUAGACGUUUUCACAAGGUAUUCGAUACAAAUAUUUGAGUUGAUUAGUCUUUUUAAGAUGAGUCAUGUUUAAAAGAAAACUCUUUCAGUUUGAAGUAAUAAAUAUUAAAAGUUCCACUCCACCAUUUAAACAAAUUGCAGUAGUCAUCUUUAAACAAGACAAUCAGUCUGAUCUAAUACUUAAAAAUUUAUAAAAAGAAAUGCAUACAACUAUAUUAUGUCAUAUCCUAACCAUAUCUAUUAAAUAUAUUGUCAAACCA